CUGAGAGAACCGCUAGGUGGCGUUAAUUCUGAGCUUCUCAGUCAGCUAUCGCCAGCAGCACAGAGAUGUAAACAACAGGAACAAUUCAUAGAUUUUGGCCUGCGGGUUAUAGGCAAAAUCUUCAAACAUGGGAAAGCGAGAUAACAGAGUGGCUUACUUGAACCCAAUAGCUGCUGCCAGAGCACGAGGACCUGCACCCAGCGCAGGCCCAACCAUUCAGGAUUAUCUCAGCAGACCACGGCCGUCAUGGGAGGAGGUGAAGGAACAACUGGAGAAGAAAAAGAAGGGCUCAAGAGCCUUGGCUGAUUUUGAGGACAAAAUGAAUGCGCGAUGGAAGAAGGAAUUGGAGAAAAACAGAGAGAAGGUGCUUGGUGGAGGUGAGAAGAAAGAAAAAGAGAAAGACAAGAAAGAGAAAAGGAAGAAGGAGAAGAAAAAGUCCAGCAGGCAUUCUUCAUCUUCCUCCUCCUCUUCGAGUUCUGAUUUCUCUUCCGGUUCCUCUUCAGAAUCUGAAGAUGAUGAUGAGAAGAAAAUUGUGAAGAGAAAGAAAAAAAGAAGGUCUUCUGCUAGGAAAGAGUCUGACGAUUCUGACACAGAGUCGGAAACGGAUAGCAGGGAAUCAUCCAAGAAAAAGAAGAAGAAGAAGUUCAGGGAGAAUGGCGAGAAAGACAAGGAUGAGAAGGACAGUCGGAGGAAGAGGAAAUCUGAGAAGAGCCAUUCGGAGUCCUCAGACGAGUCUGAUAUAGAUGAAGAGUACAAAAAGAAGAAACACAGUAGUGAAGAAAAGGAGAAAGUUACAGAUAAGUCCAAGAAAAAAAAGAAAAAGAAGAAGCAUAAGAAACACAGCAAAAAGAAAAAGAGGAAGACUUCUGGCUUCGAGCUGGACUAUAGGGCUGGUGAGGUGUCCACUACAACAGGCAGCUUGAAAACUGAAUAAAGACAGAGCUCUUGCCAAACUGGUGGAAACCUAUUAGAUAUCUGUCCAAGUGACUCUUAUGAGCUGGUGCUGCUUAGCACGCUGAGGCUUUGUGUCCAACGGAUGAGAUGAUCAUGUGAAGGGGGAGUUGAAAGAUGGCAUGGGCUUUAUUAUGUCAGGUUUGUGUGUUUAUUUUUUAAACAGAUGAUUCAGUCCAAAUAAAGGUCAUUUACACCA